CCCUUCCAUGAAGUUAAGAAACCAUUUCCUCUCCCCAAAUGUGCUCCAUUACCACCGCCAUCCAUCUGCCUUUCGCAUCCGGAAACCCCCAUUUCUCCUUGAUCAAAUCAAACACCACCAGAAGCUAAAGCUCUUUUACCUCCAUGCCAAAUCAUCAUCGUUGCCACUGCUAGCAGGAGGAGGCUGAGGCCAACAAUAACACGUACUCAUCCAUCUCGUCAUCAUCAUCUCGCCACAUCACCGGCCACACCAACGUUCAUUGUCGUUACCAAAGAAGGAUCACAUAACGAGCGCUGGUUUCCUUCGUAUCUUCCACUCUCUCGUGAGAACAGUAGCCUCGGCGACAAAGGUACCGGGUUAUCAAACGACUAAUAAACCAAGAAACAACGACCCUCAUGACACAAAUCUAAGGUCUAGGC